ACGUAAAGACACACUUCGAAACAAGCAGGAACAAACAAAAGCUGAAAUCUGUGACAAACUGUUGAAAGAUGUCGUUUAUUAAGGAGGAGAGUGAAGGUUAUCCAAAAGCAAGCAGAAUGAAAAAUGAAGAUUCAAAGGAUAAAAGAGAUCAACUGGAACUCAGAGGGGAACGUCAAGACCUGAAUGAAGUGGAGGAGAAGCAUCAGUAUCAGAAACCUCAUCAUUUCGCAAGUGGAGAAAAUGAUACGAGCUGCUCGGAAACCGAACCGAAUUCCUCACAAACAUUAACAGAAGCCAACAAAUCUUUCGCUUGCCCUCAGUGUGGAAAGAGAUUAACUACUAAAGGAAACCUGAAGGCACACAUGAGAAUUCAUACUGGAGGAAAUCCUUUCAACUGCACUCAGUGUGAGAAGAGUUUCCCAUUUAUGGGAAGACUUAAAAUGCACAUGAGAAGUCACACUGGAGAAAAGCCGUUCACCUGCCCCCAGUGUGGAAACAGUUACCAAUGUAAAACAUACCUUAAUCGGCACAUGAGGAUUCACAAUGCGGAGAACCCUUUCUCCUGUGCGCAGUGUGGAAAGAGUUUUACUGCAAGACAAAACUUUAAACGUCACAUGAGAAUUCACACUGGAGAAAAGCCUUUCACCUGUUCUCACUGUAGGAAGAGUUUCCCAUGUGAACAAUAUCUUAAAAGGCACAUGAAAGUUCACACUGGAGAAAAGCCUUUCACCUGCUCCCUGUGUGGACAAUGUUUCACAGUGAAAGGAAGCCUUAAGUAUCACAUGUCAAUCCACACCGGAGAGAAACCAUUCACAUGCCCUCAGUGUGGAAAGAGUUUUAGACGUAGAGAAGCUUUCAAGACACACUUGAGAAUUCAUACUGGAGAAAAGCCGUUCAAAUGCCGUCACUGCGAAGAGAGUUUCACGCAUAAAGGAAGACUGCAGACGCACAUGAGAAUCCACACUGGGAAAAAGCCUUUCACGUGCCUCCAGUGCGGGAAAGGCUUCACGCGUAGAGGAACUUUUACUGCGCACAUGAGAAUCCACACUGGAGAGAAGCCGUUCACGUGUGAACAGUGUGGAGAGAGUUUCACACGUAAAGUAAGACUCAAUACCCACAUCAGAAUCCACGCUGGAGAAAGACCUUUCUCAUGCCAGCAGUAUCAGCUCUGUCCUGCAGAGUUUAGCUCCAGUUUCCCUCACACACCUGCCUGGAAGUUUCUACUGUGUAGGAAGACCUUGAUUGGCUGGUUUAAGUGUGUUUAUUUGGGUUUGGAGCAGGACCGUGGCCCUCCAGGAGCAAGAUUGGAGACCCCUGGUGUAGAUGACCUGACCAAGAAUGCCCAGCCAGAUGAAGUGCAGUGGGAUGCUGCAGCUGAGAGAGCCAUCCGAAGACUAGAGACAGCGCUGACCUCGGCGCCAGUGCUACAUGUCCCGGAUUUCACCCUGCCAUUCAUACUCAAAAUGGAUGCCUCUGACACGGGCCUGGGAGCUUUACUGUCUCAAAUGGUCCAAGGAGAAGAACGUUCAUCAGCCGAAAACUUACCCCUGCCGAAACACUAUAUGUAG